CUUGACAGCUACUACCACGACCCUCUAGCAGCGCCUUUGACCGCGCGUGCAUGAAGUCUUGUGAAUUCUGUAACGUGAGCAAAGAGAAGGGAUUCGAUAUUCUCUAUGAGGAUGAUUUCUUUGUAGCAUUCGGUGAUCAUAAGCCUGCUGCUGAGCACCACAUCCAGCUAGUUCCCAAGAUCCACAUCACUAGCGUGAGAUCGUUACAGCAACGAGAUGUUGAACUUGUGCAAAGCAUGAAGUCCAUUGGCGCGCAGCUUUUGGAUGACCUAUCUGUUCCGGUCUCAAUGCGAAUAAUGGGGUUUCAUAUCCCCCCAUUCAAUUCCAUUGGGCAUCUACACUUGCAUGUUCAGGCACUGCCGUACAAGCCACUACGACAGGCGAAAUAUCCCAUUUCCAAGGGCUUCGGGCCGCUCAGUAAAGGAUUCGGGUGGUUCGUCGACGUGGAUCAGGCGAUACGGAUACUCAACAGCGGACGAUCCAUCGGUGUACUUCCUUGUUAAAUCAUGACGUCAUUCCCGCCUGCCAGCUCUUCAGCGCUCCGAAUCCUCCGCAGCACAGGUGUUGCGACGCAUUCGUAACUCGACGCGAUACCGGAUCAUUGUGGGACUCGAGUUCUCGAUGCUUGCUCAAUGUUUUCUCCGACUCCCGCAUCAACUGAGCUUGGAAUGGGAACGAUGGGCGAUGCUGGCAGCGACGCGCGGCCAUGAUCAUCCCCGUGAGACCUCCCCCUGACCUGUGUUACUUCGAUAUAUCUCCCCGAUCGUGGCGCGUUAAGAGAAUGGAUUUCCAAAUUUAUCCUGCCGACCUGCCGCAGCGUGCUGACUUAUUCCUGUGGUCUACCAAAACUUGUCGUAAGCCUUCCUCAGAGCCGUCACUGAUUGAGCAGGCGAAUGUUCAGUUCAUCCCGAGCUGGUCCGGCGGCAAACUAAACCAUAGAGUCCUUUCGUUUAAAUACCAAGGUUUCAGCCGUGUCUUACUCCAAGGUCAACCAUCCCUCUGCGAACAUGUUCCCCAAAGCCUCAAUCUCGAACUUUAUCUUCUUGUCCCUCGUCUUGGGAUUAGGCGCUAGAGCUGCUCCCGCUUCUGUUGAUACUGCUGCCCACCGCUCGUCGACGCCGGCCACUUCGUCGACUGCGACCGUCGCCAGUCUGUCGUCAGUCAUCCCAACUGUGCUCUCGGGCUUCGCCAGCACAAAUCCCAACGGCCCGCUCUGGAGCCUCGAUUCGGGCACGCCGCAGCCCGAGCGCGGCAACUUGGGCGCGUCGAUCAUCGGGCCGAGCAAUCUGCCUGUGGAGCAGGAGAAUCCCGACUUGCUGGCACCCCCGUCGACCGACUCGGGCUCCGUUGCCAACGCCAAGUGGCCUUUCGCGCUCAGUCACAAUCGGAUGACCGACGGUGGCUGGGCCCGUCAGGAGAACAUCGGAGCGCUACCAAUCGCAACUUCUAUGGCUUCCGUCAACAUGCGGCUCGAGGCCGGAGCGAUUCGCGAGUUGCACUGGCACAAGACUUCGGAGUGGGCCUAUGUCCUGAAAGGUUAUACUCAGGUUACCGCCGUGGACACGGAAGGCCGCAACUUCCUUGCCACUGUCGGCCCAGGUGACCUCUGGUUUUUCCCACCCGGUAUCCCGCACAGUCUUCAAGCGACUAAUCAGAGCGCCGAAGGAUCGGAGUUUAUUUUGAUCUUUGACGACGGUGCUUUUAGCGAAGACGCAACUUUUUUGUUGACCGACUGGCUUGCUCAUGUUCCCGCCGAAGUCAUCCAGAAGAACUUCCAAGCGAAUCCUGAAGCCUUCUCACACAUCCCCGCGAAUGAGCUGUACAUCUUCCCCGGCACCCCGCCGUCUCCGGAUGCGGUCGCGCCUUCGAGCCCCCAAGGGACUGUUCCUGCUGAAUUUUCUUACGCGUUCCCCCUGUCGACGAUGAACGCGACCCAAGUCGCCGGUGGCACCGUCAAGAUCGUUGACUCGACCUCGUUCCAGAUCGCGACCACGAUUGCUGCGGCUGAGGUGACUGUUGAGCCAGGUGCUAUUCGGGAGCUCCACUGGCACCCGACUAUGGACGAAUGGAGCUUCUUCAUCGAAGGCACAGCGAGAGUGACCAUCUUCGCUUCGCAAGGUAAUGCUCGGACGUUUAACUACCAGGUUACUCGUGCAGCCUGGUGAUAUCGGUUUCGUGCCGGCUGCCAUGGGUCAUUACGUGGAGAACACUGGAAACACGACCGUAAAAUACCUCGAGAUCUUCAACACCGAUAAAUAUCAAGACAUCAGUUUAAACCAGUGGCUCGCGCUCACUCCUCCCGAGUUGGUUAAAGCGCAUCUCCAGCUCUCUGAUGAAACCAUAUCGAGCUUGAAGAAGGUCAAGCCAGUUGUCAUCUAAUUUCGUAGGAUGGAUGCACGUUGCGCACGCAUAAUCACUCUUCUCUGUAUCUGAUCUUAUGACUUAAUUUUACUUGAAUGUUAUGAUCGAA